UGGCUCAAGUUGCGCCCCUCGUGACGCGCCCCCACGUACCACCGAGAUCUCGGCGGCGGCGCCCAUUCGUCAACGAGCGUUUUCAGUUUUUGACUGAACAAUGGGCCUUACGACCAGCUGCUGUGCCAAAGGUGAGGAGGUCUUGGUCGAUGAUGUGCAAAAGGUGGAGGCGUUUGGAGAUGGCACUGCGGAGGAAAGCCCCACGGGCCUUAGUGGAACUGAAACAGCUCCAGUGGAGGACUCCAAAAGCCUUCCCCGCUUGCCGUCCGCAGCCUCCGCCUCUGACGCGAUCUCCAUCAAAACAGAUGGCGACCGCUACACCGCAAGGCAGCUGCUCUUGAUGGGUCGUUAUAUUGAGGCCGAGGAGCUUCUAAAGGAAACGGGCGAAGACGAGGAUGGAGUCCAGGGCUUUUUGGAGAAGGUGAUGCCCUCCAUGAGAGAAAUUGCAGUUCGGGCAAGGCUACCUACGGAGAAGGAAGGCUACACAAAGUUGGAGAUUCCAGAGCACAAUAUGGUUGUCUAUGUGCGUCGAGCCGAGACCAUCGACGUGUGCUUCUCAACGGACCUUCCAGCCACGUGGGAGAAGAUGUUGGCCAUGAACUGGGAGGCAGAUCUCUCCUCACAGUGGCUCCCCUUUAGCCCGGAGGUGGUCACAACUUAUUCCCAGAGAGCCUCACAGCUCAUGCUGUAUGUCCAUGCGAAGAUCCCAGCUCUACCGGGAUCUCGAGAGGCUUACAUUCACCGCCAUGUGGUGGACUGUUUCACGCCAAACUCCAUCCUAGAUGGUCGGCAAGGACUUCUGAUUGUAGAGAAGUCGCCCGAUAAUUGGAAGACGGGUGGGGUUUUCAUGGAUGAAUUCCAUGUGAAGCCUCCUCCGAGUUCAAGGUGGGUGACACGAGACGAACAGCUCGAAAGCUUCACGUUUUACGAGUACGUGAACCCCACGACCAUUCGUUGUUUUAUCAGAUACAAGCUCAAUUUCAACAUUUCGCCCUGGCUCUUCCCGAAUGUGGCUCUUUUUGCCUUGGCCAAGUUUACUGGAAAGCGAUGGCAUGCCGGCCUCAUGAACGCCUUAGAGAAGUUCGAGGAUUUCGGCUACCAGAAGCGAGUCGAUGAAAGAAAGUUCCCGAUCUACGAUGCGGUCCUGGAGCGAGCGUUGAAGCGCAGCAGGAUGGACCUCUUGGGAGAGGAUGGACCCACAUCACCUCAGGCGGUCUCGGAAAAGACGAGCCUUAAGGCUGCCGGCAAAGCCGUGUUGGCAGUUGGUGCUUUGUCCAGUGCAAAGAGAAAGCCUGGGACAGAGGAAGAGGAGAAGGGAGCCAACUGGGCUUCAGCUUCCUGAAAAUACAGCCAGGUUGCAGGUUGCGACACUGCAGGUGAUGUAGCAGAUGCAACAGGUGGGUAACGAGAUGUGAUGUUUUGGUUGUGAA